AUGGCCAAAGCUAUUUUAGGUUAUUUAUCACAACAUGGAAUUUCUCUUCCUAGUGAUGCUGUAACUUGUAUUCCACUUGAAGGUGAAGGAACUAUAUCAACUCGUGAAGCCUUACUUCAUAAAAAUUUGUUAAAUAAUAAAGUAUGGUGCGAAGCUUUAUCUUUAGCAGAUGCCGUAUUUGUUGCUACUCAUUCACAAGGUACUCCCGUGAGCACUAUACUCCUUUCACGACUUAUUAAGGAAGGUCUAGUUCAUCCUAAACGACAACGUAUUUGUAUGUUAGCAAUGGCUGCUGGUCGUAGUCAUGAUGCAGAUGCUGCUAGGGAAUUAUUUGAAUUUAUGGAUUCGGAAACUCUUGUAUCAAAAAGAUAUAGGGAAGCAUUAACUACAGUAAUUAAUUCCGGUGUUAAAAUUGUUUAUGUUGCUUCCAUGGAUGAUCAAGUGGUACCGUUAUAUUCUGGUUUAUUCAACGGUGUUAAUCAUCCAUCAAUAAUGCGAGCAAUUUAUAUUGAUGGUCCAUUGUAUCAAGAGAAGGAUUUCUUAACUAGUUUAAUCGUUUUUGCGAUUAAAUUACGUAAUGCAGGAAUAUUAGAUCAUGGUAUAAUGGUACAAUUAAGUGAAGUUGUUGCAGGUUCCAUGUAUGGUGAAGGUCAUUCCGCUUUAUAUACGGAAAUCGAAGUUUAUACGUUAGCAGUACGUUAUUUAUUUGAAACGCCAUCACUCGGAGCUUGUGAUUUAAAACUUGAUCGUUUCGUAGCACAACAGAAAAAUAACCCAUUUUAUUUACCAUGGGCUAUGCGUGGUGUAUUAGAAGACAGAGAAGUUUCAGAAUCAAUUCAUUUAAAAUAUGAAACCAUGAAAUUACGGAAACAAUAUGAAGAAUGGGAGCCAACCACAAAAGCAAUGAAAGAAGUUAAAUUUCGAUUAGAACCAAUGAGAGAUGUUAUACUGGGGAGGUCGAAAUUAUGA